AUGAAGAUAAUUAUAUAUGUUUGCAUUUGGGCAGCAGCAUGGGCUAUUCCGGUUCCUCAAAUCAAGCCAUUGGCAAGAUAUGCUGUUGAAAAACCUGUGAAUUUAAAUCUUCUAGCAAAAUUGGAAGUGCCAAUGCAGGAUGAGUUAAAUGCCAAUGAUACCACCAAAGAAAGUGAUGUCCCCAUGCACGAGAAUGAAAUAGGAAGGCCACAGUACAUCGAAGAUGGUUACAAAGGAGAGAGAAAUGGCUCUGAGGGGGCAGAAGCAGAAAGGAAAAGUUUUUAUACACAUUCCACGUUAGGGAAUGAAGAGGGGAAUCCUGAGGAUCAGAAUGGGGGCACAUAUGGUCAUGAUGGGAUACAUGGGAGAGAGGAAAGCACCACAGCAAAUGGCAUCGGGGGACAAGUAAGCAUUAUCAACAAUACUGGAGCAGCAAAUGGGAGCAAUAUUAAUGGAAAUACUGAUAAGAAUUCAACAAAUGAGGAUGUUGGAGAUGCAAGUCAGAGUGAAGAUGCCAUUGUUGUCAAAGUAGAUGAACAUCAAGUAGCUGGAAGCAAUAACAGUUCAGGCCACGAAGACGAAAUAAGAGGGAAUUCCUGUAGAAAUGAGGGUAAUACUGGUGAAACAACAUCUCAGAGAGAAGGCGAGAGAAAUGGUAAUGAGGAGGCAGGAGUGACACCAAGGGGAAGUGGAGCUGGCAAUCGAGAAGAUGCUGGCCUGGAUAAGUCUGAUGGGAGUCCUAGCGGGGAUGGAGUAGAUGAGGAUGAAGAUGAGGGCUCUGGUGGUGACGAAGGUGAAGAAACAGGAAAUGGAAAAGAGGGCACUAAUAACAGCAAGGGGCAGGAGGGUCAGGGUCAUGGAAAAGGAGAUGAUGAUGACAACAGCUUAGGGCAAAAUUCAAUUAGCAAUGAAGAUAAUGAUCCUGAGGACAAAGAAGAUCCCCAUGACACGGAUGGAGACAACGCCUCUAAGAGUGAGGAGGAUUCCGACCACAUUCCAGAAGACACUGAUAGCCAAAGGAUAAAGGACAUCCAAAAACCCAACCACAGAGAAAACAAUGGUGUGGAAAAUGGAAUCAUCAAAGAAGCAGAGCCAAGUACUAAUGGGAAGAGCCAAGACAAGGGAAUAGAAAUUGAAAGUCCCAGCAGUGGCAACAGAGAUAAUAUUACCAAGGAAGCUGGAAAAGUCAAUGAAGAUAAAGGGAGUAAAGGACAACGUGGAAUGACCAAAGGAAAUAUCAAGAUACAAGGAGAAGCUGACAACAUUCAAGGACCUGCCCCCAAAUCAGAACCUGGAAAUAAGGUUGAACACAGCAAAACAAGCAGUGACAGUAAUAGUGGUGGAUAUGAUAGUUAUGAGUUUGAUGAUGAAUCCAUGCAAGGAGAUGAUCCCAGUAGCAGUGAUGAGUCUAAAGGCAAUGGUGAUGCCAAUUCUGAAGAUGACAAUGACAGCAGUAGCCAACAACAUGCUUCUUAUAACUCUGAUGAAUCCAAAGAUAAUGGCAAUGAGAGUGACUCAAAAGGAGAAGGAAAUGAUGACAGUGAUAGCAUAUCAGACGCUAAUGAUAAUGACAGUGAUGGCAAUAGUAACAAUGGGAGCGAUGAAAACAGCAAAUCAGACAGUAGCAAAGAUCAAUCAGACAACAGUGACAGUAGUGACAACAGUGACAGCAAAUCAGAUAGCAGCGACAAUAGUGACAGUAAAUCAGAUAGCAAUGACAGCAGUGACAGUAGCGACAGUAGUGACAGUAGUGACAGCAGUGACAGCAAAUCAGAUAGCAGUGACAGUAGUGACAGUAGUGACAGUAGUGACAGCAGCGACAGCAGUGACAGUAGUGACAGCAGUGACAGUAGUGACAGCAGUGAUAGUAGUGACAGCAGUGACAGUAGUGACAGCAGUGACAGCAAAUCAGAUAGCAGUGACAGUAGUGACAGUAGUGACAGCAGUGACAGCAGUGACAGUAGUGACAGUAGUGACAGCAGUGACAGCAGUGACAGCAGCGACAGCAGUGACAGCAGUGACAGCAGCAACAGCAGCGACAGCAGCGACAGCAGUGAUAGCAGUGAUAGCAGUGACAGCAGUGACAGUAGUGACAGCAGUGACAGCAGCAACAGCAGUGACAGUAGUGACAGCAGUGACAGCAGCAACAGCAGUGACAGCAGCAGCAGUGAUAGUAGUGACAGCAAAUCAGAUAGCAGUGACAGCAGUAACAGCAGUGACAGCAAAUCAGAUAGCAGUGACAGUAGCAGCAGCAGUGAUAGCAGUGACAGUAAAUCAGAUAGCAGUGACAGUAGUGACAGCAGUGACAGCAGUGAUAGCAGUGACAGCAAAUCAGAUAGCAGUGACAGUAGUGACAGCAGUGACAGCAAAUCAGACAGUAGUGACAGCAGUGACAGUAGUGAUAGCAGUGACAGCAAAUCAGACAGCAGUGACAGCAGUGACAGCAAAUCAGAUAGCAGUGACAGUAGCAGCAGCAGUGAUAGCAGUGACAGUAAAUCAGAUAGCAGUGACAGUAGUGACAGCAGUGACAGCAAAUCAGACAGUAGUGACAGCAGUGACAGCAAAUCAGAUAGCAGUGACAGUAGCAGCAGCAGUGAUAGCAGUGACAGUAAAUCAGAUAGCAGUGACAGUAGUGACAGCAGUGACAGCAGUGAUAGCAGUGACAGCAGCAACAGCAGUGACAGUAGUGACAGCAGUGACAGCAGCAACAGCAGUGACAGCAGCAGCAGUGAUAGUAGUGACAGCAAAUCAGAUAGCAGUGACAGCAGUAACAGCAGUGACAGCAAAUCAGAUAGCAGUGACAGUAGCAGCAGCAGUGAUAGCAGUGACAGUAAAUCAGAUAGCAGUGACAGUAGUGACAGCAGUGACAGCAGUGAUAGCAGUGACAGCAAAUCAGAUAGCAGUGACAGUAGUGACAGCAGUGACAGCAAAUCAGACAGUAGUGACAGCAGUGACAGUAGUGAUAGCAGUGACAGCAAAUCAGACAGCAGUGACAGCAGUGACAGCAAAUCAGAUAGCAGUGACAGUAGCAGCAGCAGUGAUAGCAGUGACAGUAAAUCAGAUAGCAGUGACAGUAGUGACAGCAGUGACAGCAAAUCAGACAGUAGUGACAGCAGUGACAGCAAAUCAGAUAGCAGUGACAGUAGCAGCAGCAGUGAUAGCAGUGACAGUAAAUCAGAUAGCAGUGACAGUAGUGACAGCAGUGACAGCAGUGAUAGCAGUGACAGCAAAUCAGAUAGCAGUGACAGUAGUGACAGCAGUGACAGCAAAUUAGACAGUAGUGACAGCAGUGACAGUAGUGAUAGCAGUGACAGCAAAUCAGACAGCAGUGACAGCAGUGACAGCAAAUCAGACAGCAGUGACAGCAGUGACAGCAAAUCAGACAGCAGUGACAGCAGUGACAGCAAAUCAGACAGUAGUGACAGCAGUGACAGCAGCGACAGCAGUGACAGCAGCGAUAGCAGUGACAGCAACUCAGAUAGUAGUGACAGCAGUGACAGCAGCGAUAGCAGUGACAGCAAAUCAGACAGCAGUGACAGCAGCGAUAGCAGUGACAGCAAAUCAGACAGCAGUGACAGCAGCGAUAGCAGUGACAGCAACUCAGAUAGUAGUGACAGCAGUGACAGCAGCGAUAGCAGUGACAGCAGUGAAAGCAGUGACAGCAGUGACAGUAGUGACAGCAGUGACAGCAGUGAUAGCAGUGACAGUGACAGCAGUGACAGCGAUGAAAACAGCAACAGUGCAUCUGACAGUAGUGAUGAGAGUGGCAGCAACAACAAUGGCAACAACGGUAAUGGCAACAAUGGAAGUGAUAGUGACAGUGAUAGUGACAGUAAAGGCAGUGACAGUAAUCACUCAACCAGUGAUGAUUAG